GAGGGGGCGGAGGAGGAGGAAGAGCCGCAGCGCGGGGGCGCGCGCUCCCGGGAUGAUGGCGGAUCACAUCCCGCUCUACCCGGUGCGCCCGCCGCCCAACCGCAAGCGAGCGGCCUACUACAGCGCCGCCGGCCCGGGGCCCGGGCCCGAUCGGCACAACAGAUACCAGCUGGAAGAUGAAUCCGCCCAUCUGGACGAAAUGCCCCUGAUGAUGUCCGAAGAAGGCUUCGAAAACGACGAGAGCGAUUACCACACCCUGCCGAGGGCCAGGCUGACGCGGAGAAAAAGAGGCCUGGAGUGGUUCGUGUGCGGUGGCUGGAAAUUCCUCUGCACCAGUUGCUGUGACUGGCUCAUAAACAUUUGCCGAAGAAAGAAAGAACUGAAAGCUCGCACCGUCUGGCUUGGAUGUCCUGAAAAAUGCGAAGAAAAAUACCCUAGAAAUGCUAUAAAAAAUCAAAAGUACAAUGUGUUUACCUUUAUACCUGGGGUUUUGUAUGAACAAUUCAAGUUUUUCUUGAAUCUCUAUUUUCUGGUUGUAUCCUGUUCCCAGUUUGUGCCGGCGCUGAAAAUUGGCUAUCUCUACACCUACUGGGCUCCUCUGGGAUUUGUCUUGGCUGUCACUAUGGUGCGGGAAGCAGUUGAUGAGUUUCGGCGUUUCCAGCGAGACAAGGAAAUGAAUUCCCAGUUAUAUAGCAAGCUCACAAUACGAGGUAAAGUCCAAGUUAAGAGUUCAGACAUACAAGUUGGAGACCUCAUCAUAGUGGAAAAGAACCAACGAAUUCCAUCCGACAUGGUGUUUCUCAGGACUUCAGAAAAAACAGUUAAGGAAGGCUUACGUCCCGUGACUGAAGUCCAGAAGAAAGGGAGGGGGGAGACGAUUAAAUUUCCACCUGGUCCAAUGAAAGAGAGAGGUACCGGAAUGGACAUCAGGACACUAAAUUUAGGUUCAUGUUUUAUUCGAACUGACCAGCUAGAUGGGGAAACAGACUGGAAGCUAAAAGUUGCUGUGAGUUGCACUCAGAGAUUGCCAGCUUUGGGGGACCUCUUUUCAAUCAGCGCGUAUGUGUAUGCUCAGAAGCCCCAGCUGGACAUCCACAGUUUUGAAGGUACCUUUACCAGGGAAGACAGCGACCCACCCAUCCAUGAAAGUCUCAGCAUAGAGAACACUCUGUGGGCCAGCACUGUUGUGGCAUCAGGAACUGUGAUAGGCGUUGUCAUUUACACAGGGAAAGAAACCAGAAGCGUAAUGAACACGUCCAAUCCCAAAAACAAGGUGGGUCUGCUGGACCUCGAGCUGAACCAGCUGACCAAAGCCCUGUUCCUGGCCCUGGUCGUCCUGUCCGUCGUUAUGGUAACCCUGCAGGGAUUUGUCGGUCCGUGGCACCGCAACCUCUUCCGCUUCCUCCUGCUGUUCUCCUACAUCAUCCCCAUCAGCUUACGGGUCAACUUGGACAUGGGCAAAGCGGCCUACGGGUGGAUGAUUAUGAAAGACGAAACGAUCCCUGGAACCGUCGUGCGGACCAGCACGAUCCCCGAGGAACUGGGACGCCUGGUGUAUUUGCUAACCGAUAAAACAGGGACCCUUACCCAGAAUGAGAUGGUAUUUAAGCGCCUCCAUUUAGGAACUGUGUCCUAUGGGACCGACACAAUGGACGAAAUUCAGAACCACAUCACAAAUUCUUACUCACAGGCGCAGCCCAAUGGGAGCAGCACAGGGGCCACCCCUGCCCGCCGGACCCAGACGCCCGCCCCCAAGGUGCGCAGGAGCGUGAGCAGCCGCAUCCACGAGGCAGUGAAGGCCAUCGCCCUGUGCCACAACGUCACUCCCGUGUAUGAGUCCCGUACCACCGCCACCGAAGCCGAGGGGGCCGAGGUGGACCAGGACUUCAGCGACGAAAACCGCACGUACCAGGCCUCCAGCCCCGACGAGGUGGCCCUGGUGCAAUGGACGGAGAGCGUGGGACUCACUCUGGUGAGCAGGGACCUGACCUCCAUGCAGCUGAAGACUCCUGGCGGGCAAAUCCUCACCUACUACAUCCUGCAGAUUUUCCCCUUCACCUCAGAGAGCAAGCGCAUGGGGGUCAUUGUGCGGGACGAAUCCACAGCAGAAAUCACCUUCUAUAUGAAAGGGGCAGACGUGGCUAUGUCCACCAUUGUACAGUACAAUGACUGGCUAGAAGAGGAGUGUGGCAACAUGGCUCGGGAAGGGCUACGCACGCUGGUUGUUGCCAAGAAGUCAUUAACGGAAGAGCAGUACCAGGACUUCGAGAAUCGCUAUAACCAAGCCAAGUUAAGCAUCCACGACAGAACGCUCAAGGUGGCUGCAGUCGUAGAGAGCUUGGAAAGAGAAAUGGAACUUUUGUGUCUCACUGGAGUCGAAGAUCAGCUCCAGGCGGACGUAAGGCCGACUCUAGAGAUGCUGAGAAAUGCUGGAAUCAAGAUCUGGAUGCUGACCGGAGAUAAGCUGGAGACAGCUACCUGCAUCGCCAAAAGUUCCCACUUGGUAUCCAGAGCCCAGGAUAUUCACAUCUUCCGACCAGUGGCUAGUCGGGGAGAGGCCCACCUGGAGCUGAACGCGUUCAGACGGAAGCACGACUGCGCCCUGGUCAUUUCCGGCGACUCCCUGGAGGUUUGCCUGAAGUACUACGAGCAUGAAUUGGUGGAGCUGGCCUGCCAGUGUCCUGCCGUGGUCUGCUGUCGCUGUUCCCCCACGCAGAAAGCCCAUAUUGUCAAAUUGUUGCAGCAGCACACGGGCAAGCGCACCUGCGCGAUAGGAGACGGCGGAAAUGAUGUCAGCAUGAUCCAAGCUGCGGACUGCGGAAUUGGGAUCGAGGGGAAGGAGGGAAAGCAGGCUUCGCUGGCUGCCGACUUCUCCAUCACCCAGUUCCAGCACAUGGGCCGGCUGCUCAUGGUUCACGGCCGCAACAGUUACAAAAGAUCGGCAGCGCUGGGCCAAUUUGUCAUGCACAGAGGCCUCAUUAUAUCCACGAUGCAGGCUGUGUUUUCUUCAGUCUUCUAUUUCGCAUCUGUUCCUUUGUACCAGGGGUUCCUAAUGGUUGGGUACGCCACCAUAUACACCAUGUUCCCCGUCUUCUCUCUCGUCUUGGAUCAGGAUGUGAAGCCGGAAAUGGCGAUGCUAUAUCCAGAGCUGUACAAGGACUUGACCAAGGGAAGAUCCUUGUCUUUUAAAACCUUUCUCGUCUGGGUUUUAAUCAGUAUUUACCAAGGCGGCAUCAUCAUGUUCGGGGCCCUGCUGCUGUUCGAGUCCGAGUUUGUGCACGUGGUGGCCAUCUCCUUCACCGCGCUGAUCGUGACGGAGCUGCUCAUGGUGGCCCUGACGGUGCGCACGUGGCAUUGGCUCAUGGUGCUGGCAGAGUUCCUCAGCCUGGGCUGCUACGUCACUUCCCUCGCCUUUCUAAACGAGUAUUUCGGGAUAGGCAGAGUGUCUUUUGGAACUUUCUUAGAUGUUGCCUUUAUCAUGACCGCGACCUUCCUGUGGAAAGUGUCGGCAAUCACCGUGGUCAGCUGCCUUCCCCUGUACGUCCUGAAGUACUUGAAGCGCAAGCUUUCUCCCCCGAGCUACUCCAAGCUGAGCUCAUAGAGCGACAGCCUCAGUGUCCCCACGGCGUCUGACCCCGCGCAUCCGUCCCCCCCACCCCGGUGAGGACGGCGACGACCCCGUGGCCUCGGGACCUCAGGCUUCGGGAUGGGCCGAGGAGAGGAAGUCGCCGACCGUGGUGGCCGGAGCCUCCGAAUGAAGGCCUCUGAGGGCUGGGGGGCCGGAGUGGGGGCCGGGAGCGACCAGCCGCCGCAGACUAUUCCAGAGAAAAGAACAAUCCUCUCCUUGCUCCUGUGUUCCAGUAGGUGGUCUUUCCCCUCUUUCGGUCGCUCCACUUAUAUCUGCGGCCCGACUUCCCCCUUCCACUGGAAAUGCUCCUUAAUGGUUUCCCUGCUGCCGAGAGAUGUCUUUCCCACUCCACUGUCCCGCAGACCCGAAUGGAAGUUUGUUUCAUGCGCUCUGACAGUUUCCUAAGCGAGUCAAGCCCUUUCCUUGAUGCCGGUGGAGAGAGACCCUUAAUCCGACACGUUCGGCGUACUAAAAUGCAAAAGGUCAAAAUGCCAGCGUCUCUAUCUGCUACCGCCGUCGCUCUCGUCUAGUCCUCUCCAAUCGAACAGGGAUUAAUGUGCCCGGCUCUCUGCCCAGCAGCACGUGUGGCUUUGGGUUUGGAGGCCCGGGGCGCCUCGCUGUCUCCCCCCGGGACAGUUGACCCCCGGAGGGCUUAAGCUUGGUCACUUCCGGGGGCCGUUGAAACAAUGCACAGAGUAGCCAAGUUGCGCCAAGCCUGCAGUGUCUCUGAACGUGACUCGGCCGAGCCUCUCGCGUGUAGAGCCCUUCAGAGACGUCAGUGUGGCGCAGCGUCAGAGGCGCCUCUCCAACCGGUAUCGUUCAAGCCGUUCCCGGUCCAGGGCAAGAUCCAGCGUCGUGUCCCACUGUAGAGCCGCCCGCCAGGCUUUGCCUCAGCUGAUACAUUCCCUCACCUUGUGAUCCAUUCCCCAGGCCACUCAGGUUUGGAAACGGCAGACACACCACCAUUAGUCUGGCAGGAAACGUCUUCACUUCCAAGCCGGAGCGAGCCGCGGCCGGACGAUCGGGGGCUCGACUCCGGCCGCCAAAACUUCCUUCGCGGACCGGGACUCGCCGGGGUGCUGCAGGCCGGGGACCCCGGCACCGUGAUGGAGGAGCCCCCUUCUUCCCUCCCUGCGCCGGGGGGGGCGGUCGGUUGAGCCUUAGCCGGGACGGCGGUUAACGUCAAUGGAAAGUCAGUGAACGAGGCACCUUGAUUAAAAUCAUUCUUUCUUGGUUCCUUUUUACACUCA